AUGAAGUUUCGUAGCAGGUUGCGUAAAACACUGUGUAUAAAGAAAGUUGUACACAAUAACAUUGAUUGUGUAAGAGUUAAAGAAGCUGGCAGUUCGCCCGUUACUCGGACGGAGCUUAUAAAAGACAGCGGUGUUUGGAUCCCACGCUCGGCGCGCCACAAACACGACGCACUCCUCAUGGGGCGCGCUAACCUCAUCGGAUAG